AUGCAUCGUGCCUUGCUGAAAACAGUCAAUUUGAGCACUGUUCCACGUCGUUUUGCCGGUAUGUUGUUGUACUUUCUCUUUGUCUCAACUUUUAGGCCUUUUUUUAACGUUCUUUAUCCCCAUUCUUCAGGUCAUGGGCUGGCGGUUCAUCGAGACUCAGAAGCGAACAGUGCGAAGGUAAAAUUCCAAUUCACGGAGGAAAAUCUGAAGAAAGUAAAAGCUCUGGUUUCGAAUUAUCCGGAAGGACAUGAAGCUGGUGCAUGCAUCCCAGUUUUGGAUCUUGCCCAACGACAACAUGGAUGGCUGCCAAUUACUGCGAUGCAUGAGGUAGCGAGGAUCUUGGGUAAGCUUUUGCAAAUUGCUUCGUUUCAAUUUUUAGGUGUUUAGUUAGGGUUUGACAUCAAUCUUGUUGUAGUAGGUAUUGAGACGAGAAUUUUCGAAAUAUAUCCGAAGAAGAGUAGAAUUUCUUGUUUGUUGUGAUGAACAACUCGUCUCCUAGGAUACUUCAGCUGUUGAUAAACUUUUUUCGGCAUUUUUUUGGCAGAAACGUCGAAAUUUUGAGUUAUAUUAUCCAUGAGGGUACGAAUUUCAGGUAUGCCUCGAAUGCGUGUUUACGAAGUCGCGACCUUUUACACAAUGUUCAACCGAGAACCAGUGGGCAAAUACUUCCUCCAGGUGUGUGCUACGACCCCAUGUAUGCUUCGAGGAGCCGAAUCCAUCACCGAAACCAUCACCAAGAAGCUGGGCAUCAAGCCCGGUCAAACCACCAAGGACGGGCUCUUCACGCUCUCCGAAGUUGAAUGUCUUGGCGCUUGUGUCAACGCUCCAAUGGUUCAAAUCAACGACGAUUAUUACGAGGAUCUGACUCCGGACGAUAUGGUGGAGAUUUUGGAUGAGCUGGCCGCCGGAAAACGACCGAUUCCCGGCCCAAGAAGCGGGCGAUUGGCUGCGGAGCCGUUGACUGGCCUCACUUCGUUGACGGAGCCCCCACCGGGGCCUGGUUUUGGUCUUCAAGCCGGACUUUAG